AUGUACGCAGCCCUGUACCUAGACUAUACACAACACAGUAGCGCUACACGCCACCAGCACACAGCUCUGCACGCGCAUUUCUUUUCGCCUGCAGGCAACAAGCUGCGUUCUUUCGUCCACUCCUAUGAGCUGGCCGAGGGCAAAUGGCACCGAUCAUCGCCGUUCCCGCUCGAACUCAUCGGGGCCGUCGCCUUCAAGCCAUCCCCUUCCGGCAAGCUUCUGGCCAUCAUAAGGGAAGACUCUGCAUCAGGCAAAGACUCCACGGCGAAGGACGCCGCGUACGUUAUCGAAAUCUGGAGCAAUGAGGACGGGCAGCUGAUGGACCGCAUUGCGACCGCCGGGGUGCACGGCAAGAUAGCCGGGGGUACCUGGUUCGGGGGUCUCAACUGGUCCCCUGAUGAGAGCACGGUGGUCUACGUCGCACAAAAGAAGGCUACCGAGACAAGAUCGUUCUUCUCGAAGCCCCAGGCCGACAAAACCGAAACCGGCUCUAAGUCGUCACCCUUACCGGGGGAGCAGUUCGUGUACGAAGAAGACUGGGGCGAGAAGUAUGAAGGGGUGAGUCGCUUAGGCUUGUUCCUUGCCGAUAUCGGCGGCAGCGGCGAAGUGAAGGAAAUCCCUGGGAUCUCGAGCACGCUCACCCCCGGUCAACCCCAAUUCUCCAAAGACGGCAGGCACGUGGUCUACACGGCCUGGGAUUGUGAGCCGCGCAAGCUCGGCAUGAUCUACUGCUACCAGCGUCCCUGCAAACUGUACUCCGCUCCCGUAGGCUCACUGCUGAAAAGCAUGGACGGGGAGGCCGCGGGUGGUAGCGGCGAAGAGGAUUCUGCCGAUGCCGGCAAGACCACUCAACAGGAAGGUAUUGACAAGCAGGAGCAGGAGGAGCACACGUGCCUCUGCCCCUCUUGGCGUCUAGCUCGCUCGGCGCGUUUUUCGCCGUCGGGCGACAGCCUGGUGUGGCUCUCCAGGGAAGAGGGUUUCGACACUCACAGCGGCUGCUUCCGCCUCACAUCCGCUUCGUGGGAUCCAGAAAAGGGAGCCCUCGGCAGCCCGCCGCGCACCCUUGUAGAUGUUGUGGCUGCGCCGGAGUCGAGCGCGGCGUUCCCGGGGCUUUGGGUAGACGAUCUCCCCGACGCUUGCUGGACGCCAGACGGCGGUUCCAUAUUCCUAUCGAGCGCUUGGGGUUCCCGGCAGUCUGUUGUUAAGGUUGACGCAGAAACGGGAGAGGUUGGGCGCGUUGUCAGGGCGACCGCUGCGGCGGGGCAGGACCCUUCUACAGGAGACCCGAAAGACGCCUCUGCUUCUGUGUUAGCGGUGGGUGAGGCCGGGGUGUACGUGGUGGCGUCCUCCCCGAACUCUCCCGGCGGCUUCGCUGUUCUUCCCGCCGCGGGGGGUGGACCGGGGAACGGGGAGGCUGUUCUUGGUCCGGCCGUUGGAGGAGUUUCCGUCUCAUCCUCGAUCAGAGUCGGCCGUGCUCAGGCGGCGGGGGUUAAGCGCGCCCUCGACGACGCCAAAUGGAGAGUGAUUUCGGUACCUGUUCCGGGCGUUGAUGACGAAGCGGGCGAGCCACAACAAGAGCAAACGAUCGAGGCGGUUCUUAUUAUGCCGCCGCAUCAAGGCGGCGGGGGCGCCAAGGCUGCACCUCUUGUAGUGGUUCCUCAUGGGGGUCCUCAUGGCGUCAUGCCAACCGCGUUCGUGCCUUCAUAUGCCUUCCUUAGCGCGACGCAAGGGUUUGCCGUCCUCCACGUCAACUUCCGCGGAUCUACUGGCUUUGGAACCACGGCUCUGGAGUCUCUCCCCGGGCGUAUCGGGAAACAGGACGUCGCGGACGUCGUAGCUGCCACGAAAGCGGCGCUCGCCCUCGAACCGGAAGCGUUGGACGCCGCAAGGGUCGGAGUCGUAGGGGGCAGCCACGGAGGGUUUCUCGGCGCGCACCUGACCGCACAACACCCAGAAAUCUUCAAAGCUACUGCCCUGAGGAACCCGGUGACCAACAUUGCGUCCAUGGUUACAGUCAGCGACAUCCCCGAUUGGUGCUACGUGGAGGCGCUGGGGUGCGGCAAGUACAACUUUGACGCCUUCAAGACCCCCACAGCCGAGGACUUGCACGAGAUGUGGAAGGCCUCGCCGGUGGCGCAUAUAGAUGGUGUGGUGGCGCCAACGCUCGUGGCGCUGGGGGCCAAAGACAGGAGGGUCCCGCAUUCGCAAGGUUUGGAGUGGUUCCACGCCCUCAGAAGCAGGGGGGUGAAGACGAAGCUGCUGGUGUACCCGGAGGAUGUGCACGCGAUAGAUAUGCCGGCAAGCGAGGCCGAUCAAUGGCUCAACAUCGUCGGCUGGCUGAAGAAACACCUCGCUUGAUGUGGGCGAGGCCGCGCUGUUACGAAAUGUUGUUGUCACUGUUCUAUUGGGUGCGGAUCGAUGUGAGUUAGCGUACUCGGGUAGGAAAGGCUGCAGAGUGGACGGUACAAAUAGGCCAGUCGCAGGCCCUGCUGAUUUUUCGUGGCGCAUCAAUUCACAAAGGGAACGCGACACCACUGACAAAUC